UCUCGCACCAGGAGGAGAUCGACACGUUCAUGCUGAAGUUGGACGGCACCGAGAACAAGUCCAAGUUCGGCGCGAACGCCAUCCUCGGCGUUUCCCUCGCCGUCGCCAAGGCCGGCGCUGCCAUGAAGGGUGUGCCGCUGUACCGUCACAUCGCCGACCUCGCUGGUAACAAGGAGGUCAUCCUGCCCGUGCCGGCGUUCAACGUCAUCAACGGUGGCAGCCACGCCGGAAACAAGCUCGCCAUGCAGGAGUUCAUGAUCUUGCCGACCGGUGCUGCCAGCUUUACCGAGGCGAUGCGCAUGGGAUCCGAGAUCUACCACCACCUGAAGAACGUCAUCAAGGCCCGCUACGGCCUCGACGCCACCAGCGUCGGUGAUGAGGGUGGUUUCGCUCCCAACAUCCAGGACAACAAGGAAGCUCUCGAGCUCCUGAAGCUGGCCAUCGAGAAGGCCGGCUACACGGGAAAGAUCGAGAUCGGCAUGGACGUCGCUGCCUCCGAGUUCUGCAAGGGCAAGAAGUACGAUCUCGACUUCAAGAACCCCAAGUCUGACGAGAGCAAAUGGCUUCCGGGAGACGAGCUGGCCAACAUGUACCGCAGCUUCAUCGCCGAGUACCCGAUCGUGUCCAUCGAGGACGCGUUCGACCAGGACGACUGGGCUUCGUGGUCCGCGCUGAUGGCCACCGUCAAGAUCCAGCUCGUCGGUGACGAUCUCACCGUCACCAACCCCAAGCGCAUCCAGACGGCCAUCGACAAGAAGGCUUGCAACUGCCUGCUGCUGAAGGUGAACCAGAUUGGCUCCGUCACCGAGUCGAUCCAGGCCUGCCAGCUGUCGAAGAAGAACGGCUGGGGAGUAAUGGUGUCUCAUCGCUCCGGCGAGACCGAGGAUGCCUUCAUCGCCGACCUCGUCGUCGGACUCCGGGCGGGACAGAUCAAGACCGGUGCACCGUGCCGCUCGGAGCGUCUGGCCAAGUACAACCAGCUGCUGCGUAUCGAGGAGGAGCUAGGAGCCAAAGCCCAGUACGCCGGAAAGAACUUCCGCAAGUCCGACUUAUAAGUCGUCGGACGAUCGAGACCUGACUGCCGACUUUGUGCGCGGGCGAGCGAUCAAUCAAUCGGUCGCUCCUCUUCUUCUUCUUCGCAUCAUAAACUUAGCUGUUUUGUCGAGAGGCUGCACGAAAUAAGAUGUGACUUUUUCGCUAGCGGCGAUUUUUUUUCUUCUUCGUGGUCAUUAGAUGGCUUCCUUCGCGCGGUAUGUAGUUGUUUAGGUAAAGGUAUGCAGGUGUCUGUCUGCUGGCAUGCACUGUGUCGCUUUCAAAAAUAAAAAUCUUCACUUCAGAGCAGCUGACAAGAACAAACAGUUACACGAUUCAGUAAUCCUUAGCAAUAAUAGCCCACUAAAAAAUACCACCAUAAAAGUUUGCUAAGCGGUGCUAUUUUAGUCAUACACUACCGGUGUUUAAAAGAUGCUUGCAUUUAAUUGUUGACACUUGUAGGUAUAAAAGGGAACUAUAUUAUUUCUGUUAUUGUUACCUGUUAUAUUAGAGAAAGCACUUUUAAAGUGUGGUCAGGCCAACGACUAUUUCCAUAGUAUGUGGAACCUCUAACGUGUCUGGUAUAGUGCUUUCAAGUUACAACUAUGUAGUGGUCUCGAGCCAUCUCGUACAAAAGGAAACUUAAGUUUGUAGCGGUAUGUGAAAUAAAUACAAUUGUUGCUGUUGUACUCCAAAA